GCUUAAGGGAAGAAUCGUGGUAGUUAGUAGUACUUUUGUCACACACACUCUCAUGCUUUUGUUCAUGUUUUGAUGAUCUCCACAGACAGGGAGGAAUUUGUGUGCUGAGUGUGGGGAGGGAGUUCUCUCCACCACAGACAAAAAGCCGAUCAUUACUCUUGUUCCACCUUUUCUUUCAUUCUCCUUGGCCCCUUCGGUAAGGAUUGACGGUGGAAUGCAGUCUCGGAUGUGGGAGGUGCAGGAACUCCCAUCGAAUUUCAUGUACGGAGGCCGGACGUGCCUACGCCACCUGCAGACGGUUGAUCCUCACAGUUGAGGGUUGGAAGAGACUGGGACCCAUGGGAUUUGGAUGUUUGGCUGACGGCGAUAGAAUCAUUCGAGAAUACGACCAGGGAUAUAUGGUCGUCAUUGGCUUGUAGCGAUGUCCAGGGGUUGGGGGGUCCUCAGGGCGCCAUUUUUGAGAUUUUGAGGCAUUGGAGAUGAAACGGGGUGGAUCGCCAGCCAGCGCAUCAUUGUCAUCAUCAUGAUAUUAUUGCGUAGCCAUCAAGCAGAGCCAAAGGACGUUACUGGUCUAAUAGGUGCAGCAGGAAAGCCAAAGGCGGACUGAAAAAGAAAAGAAGGGAGGGAUCGUUUGCGGUCAUGGAUGGCUUUUGGUCUCCAGCCACGCCGUCAAUCAGCUUUGGAACCUCCCCACCUGGAUUACCCCGCAGAAACAUCCACCUCAGCUUCUAUCAUAUACCGAUGGGUGUCAUCCUCCAUCGGGGAGUACGUGGAAGUAGUCCUGAUGACGAACGAUCCUGGUUUUACCAUUUUCGGGUCAUAAUAGGAGUGACGUGAGUAGAAACAAUACUACCUCAGUACCGAUCUGACUGCUACCGGUCAAUCUCCACACAACCGCAGAAGGGGUAACAAACCGAUACUGCUAAGACGGUAUCUAGUGGAUUCCGCAACUGAGUCGAGCGAAUGCUCGGAAUCCAGGGCUGAGACUAUGAUCUGUCACGGGCCAAUGGCCGACCGCAGUCCGGACUGUGUGUAACUGCAGACAUGCAGACAGCCUGCCUCGCUUACCAGCGGAACCCCAGUCAGUUUAGCACCAGACGCACCACUCUUUGAGAUGAAUCCGGGCUUCUAGCGUCCCUGUCCCGGAUCGAAUGAUGUAUCUCAUGGGGGGGCGAAGGGGAGUCAAGUGAGCAGCUUAUCCGCUGGGUCUGGGGGAGCUUGAUCCAUGGUAC